AUGGCUGCUCACCACCCAGAACAGUUGAUAAGUGCAUUAAAGACAUUCUGGGCAUCGGAAUGGUUUUGGGCUACAGCAACAGCCUCAUUUCGACUCGCCAUUCUGCUGCUAUAUAUUGAGAUCUUCCCAAACAAUCCAGUCUUCUUCUGGACAGCAAUGGGAGUGGGAGGCUUGGUCUUCCUAUACUGGGUGGCUUCAAUUUUGACAAUUGCUCUGCUGUGCCGCCCGGUCGCUUACAACUGGGACCGCACUAUUGCAGGGGUUUGCGGCGAUGUGAUCAAGACCGAGUACGCCUCUGCAGGAUUCAACAUGGGGAUCGACCUAGGAGUCGUGCUGCUGCCUCUGCCAAUCGUAUGGCGGUUGCAUAUGUCAAGUCGCAAGAAGACCGGUGUGACAGCGUCGUUUGCACUGGGAGUAUUAACGGCUGGUAUCAAUCUGGGCCGCAUUAUACAGACCAAGCUCUGUCCAACCGACGAUAUCAUCUACUGCGCUAGAGACAGUUCGAUCUUUGUCAUUGCCGAGAUGACUGCAGGAAUAUUGGUGGCCUGUGUGCCAACCUUGGGUCCUUUGAUCUUCCGUGGGCGCCGUGUGCCUUCGGCGCGACCGCACGACUUGCCCACCAUCGGGUCUGCUCGUACCCGUCCACGCCGCCAUCUGGCCAAGUUUGAUUCCCUCCUCUCAACUCUUGAUCGCAGCCACGACGAGGAGAGAAACAUGACAUGGAAUGAAAUUGGGGAUACCGGGGCACCCACAGCGCAUGCAGUUGCUGGGCCUGGACACAAAGGAGCAGAUGGAGGCAUCUUGGUGACGCGCGAUUUGGACGUGCAUAGUCUGAAUCCGCCCCCUACCCCUAAAGUGGACGCCGUUUGA